ACGUUUUUUUUCUCAACCAUGCACUAGCGAGAGAAGUUGAGACAGUCAGUCUGGAGUAAGUCUGAACUACGAUGGAUGCAGUACCCUAUUCUCUCGUGUUUAUAGUCCUGUUCUUUGGGACUAUGAUUCAAGAAAAUGAUGCCCUGCAGUGCUAUUGCCAGCGCUGCGCCAACUCUACGUGCACCACGGACGGCCUGUGCUUUGUAACGGUCAUGAAGUCUGGCAGCCGGCUCACCACCGAGCGCAGCAUGUGCGUGCACGAGAGCGAGCUGAUCCCGCGCGACCGCCCCUUCAUCUGCGCGCCCUCCACCAAGGACGACACGGGCAUCUACCCAAUGUGCUGCGCCUCCGACUGGUGCAACAAGAACCCCAACCUCAGCGUCUUCCCAGUGCCGACGGUGAAGCCGGUUCCUCUGGGGCCUGUGGCUCUGGCGGCAGUGAUCGCGGGGCCCGUGUGCGUGCUGUGCUUCGUGCUGGUGCUGGUCUUCUACGUUUGCCACAGCCGGGUGGGUGUGCAUCACCGCGUGCCCAACGAGGAGGAUCCCUCCAUGGAUCACCCCUUCCUCAACGUGGGUUCCACCCUCAAAGACCUCAUCUACGACAUGACCACCUCUGGCUCCGGCUCUGGUCUGCCCCUACUGGUACAGAGGACCAUAGCCCGGACCAUCAUCCUCCAGGAGAGCAUCGGGAAGGGCCGCUUCGGCGAGGUGUGGCGGGGCAAGUGGCGAGGUGAGGAGGUGGCGGUCAAGAUAUUCUCCUCCCGUGAGGAGCGUUCGUGGUUCCGUGAGGCCGAGAUCUACCAGACGGUCAUGCUGCGUCACGAGAACAUCCUGGGCUUUAUCGCCGCCGACAACAAAGAUAACGGGACAUGGACCCAGCUGUGGCUGGUGUCAGACUUCCACGAGCACGGCUCUCUGUUUGACUAUCUGAACCGCUACACAGUCACCGUGGAGGGCAUGAUCAAACUGUCACUGUCCACCGCCAGCGGCCUGGCCCACCUCCACAUGGAGAUCGUUGGCACGCAAGGGAAGCCGGCCAUCGCCCACAGGGAUCUGAAAUCUAAGAACAUCCUGGUGAAGAAGAACGGGACGUGCUGCAUUGCCGACCUGGGCUUGGCCGUGCGCCACGACUCAGCCACCGACACCAUCGACAUCGCCCCCAACCACAGAGUGGGGACCAAAAGGUAUAUGGCACCAGAGGUGCUAGAUGACUCGAUAAACAUGAAGCAUUUUGAGUCGUUUAAGAGGGCAGAUAUCUACGCCAUGGGCUUGGUGUUCUGGGAGAUAGCCAGUCGAUGCUCUCUGGCAGGCAUCGUUGAAGACUACCAGCUGCCAUACCAUGACCUGGUGCAGUCAGACCCUUCUGUGGAGGAAAUGAGGCGGGUGGUGUGUGAUCAGAAGCUACGACCCAACAUUCCAAACAGGUGGCAGAGCUGUGAGGCUCUGCGGGUGAUGGCUAAGAUCAUGAGGGAGUGUUGGUACGCCAACGGAGCCGCCCGCCUCACAGCGCUGCGCAUCAAGAAGACCCUGUCCCAGCUCAGCCAAUCAGAGGGCAUCAAGAUGUAGAUAUUAUUAUUUUCAUCACCAUCAUUCGUUCUCUCCAGGCUGCUCCUCCUCUUGGUUUGAAAGGGGAGGCGAUGCAGCAUGGUGAAGUUUUACUCUGAUACCCCCGCCCCCCCUCCCCCCCCACCCCUCUCUAAACGCGGUCAUCCUUAUAUUUGUCGCCGUGCCGACCGCCGCGAUUUUGUGUCUCACAGAGGUGGAUGGAUCUGAUGGAGGGAUGUUGUCAGAGAGUGUGUUGGGAGAGAAGUGGUAUGGCUGGAUGCUAAAGCUGUCCCCCACUACACACCACCACCAACCUGUGUCAGUUCAGACCCCACCACCUGUCCUGACGAUUGGUGGGAUCUCCCUCACCCAGUGCUCGUGAAGGACCUAUAACAGUGAUUACAGACAGCCGUAGUCCCGCCCUGCCACAGACCCAUCUGUAAACCGGAGGAAGAGAUGAUCAAAACACCACCAAUGCCUCCAUUCAAAACAACAAGUCUGUUACAUUCUGUCACUGGCUGCGGUGGCUCGGACUCGACGAGAACCGCCCUUGAAAAAGACUGAACCAACCAACUUUACUUUUAUUUAGGACCACCUGGUACUUUAUUAACAAUCAUUUUAUUGUAAUUAUUUGUGUGUGUUUCCAUGGAGAGAUGCUGGUGUGCUGUGGACUCGUCUCUCCAGAGCAUGUUGCACUGUGUGUUUCUCCCUCUUUUCUCGAUGUAUCACUGUACUGAGGGACUACAGGUCUGUUUAACUUAUUUGCUUAGAUUGUUUGCAAAAAACCCAAACAGGACAUGACCUCAUUCAGUCUCCAACCAACAGGACACGACCUCAUUCAGUCUGCAACCAACCGGACAUGACCUCAUUCAGUCUCCAACCAACAGGACAUGACCUCAUUCAGUCUCCAACCAACAGGACAUGACCUCAUUCAGUCUCCAACCAACCGGACAUGACCUCAUUCAGUCUCCAACCAACCGGACAUGACCUCAUUCAGUCUCCAACCAACCGGACAUGACCUCAUUCAGUCUCCAACCAACCGGACAUGACCUCAUUCAGUCUCCAACCAACCGGACAUGACCUCAUUCAGUCUGCAACCAACAGGACAUGACCUCAUUCAGUCUGCAACCAACAGGACAUGACCUCAUUCAGUCUGCAACCAACAGGACAUGACCUCAUUCAGUCUCCAACCAACCGGACACGACCUCAUUCAGUCUGCAACCAACAGGACACGACCUCAUUCAGUCUCCAACCAACCGGACAUGACCUCAUUCAGUCUCCAACCAACCGGACAUGACCUCAUUCAGUCUCCAACCAACCGGGCACGACCUCAUUCAGUCUCCAAUCUGUUUACACGAUCUGUUUAACUUAUUUGCUUAGAUUGUUUGCAAAAAAAAACUAACAGGACAUGACCUCAUUCAGUCUGCAACCAACAGGACAUGACCUCAUUCAGUCUGCAACCAACAGGACAUGACCUCAUUCAGUCUGCAACCAACCGAACAUGACCUCAUUCAGUCUGCAACCAACCGAACAUGACCUCAUUCAGUCUGCAACCAACCGAACAUGACCUCAUUCAGUCUCCAACCAACAGGACAUGACCUCAUUCAGUCUUGGCAAACAUGCUAUGACAUAUGCAAUAUAGAUAGUGUAUCUAUUUUAUAUACUCUGUUCUGCUGCUACAACAACGUCAACUACAACAGCUCGACAGUCGCCACCAUGCCUUCCAAGCCAGGUGUUAACUGGUGCCACUGCUUUAAACCUACCCCUUCAACCCUCAUGUUGGUUUGUGCCUGUGUGAGAUUCUAUGAACUAUUGACAGAAGCCCUCAGCUGGAGGAGAAGCAUGGAGUAAACCCUCUCAGAGCUGAAGGAGCAGCAUGGAGUAAACCCUCUCAGAGCUGAAGGAGCAGCAUGGAGUAAACCCUCUCAGAGCUGAAGGAGCAGCAUGGAGUAAACCCUCUCAGAGCUGAAGGAGCAGCAUGGAGUAAACCCUCUCAGAGCUGAAGGAGCAGCAUGGAGUAAACCCUCUCAGAGCUGAAGGAGCAGCAUGAAGUAAACCCUCUCAGAGCUGAAGGAGCAGCAUGGAGUAAACCCUCUCAGAGCUGAAGGAGCAGCAUGGAGUAAACCCUCUCCGAGCUGAAGGAGCAGCAUGGAGUAAACCCUCUCCGAGCUGAAGGAGCAGCAUGGAGUAAACCCUCUCCGAGCUGGAGGAGCAGCAUGGAGUAAACCCUCUCAGAGCUGAAGGAGCAGCAUGGAGUAAACCCUCUCAGAGCUGAAGGAGCAGCAUGGAGUAAACCCUCUCAGAGCUGGAGGAGCAGCAUGGAGUAAACCCUCUCAGAGCUGGAGGAGCAGCAUGGAGUAAACCCUCUCAGAGCUGGAGGAGCAGCAUGGAGUAAACCCUCUCAGAGCUGGAGGAGCAGCAUGGAGUAAACCCUCUCAGAGCUGGAGGAGCAGCAUGGAGUAAACCCUCUCAGAGCUGGAGGAGCAGCAUGGAGUAAAUCCUCUCAGAGCUGGAGGAGCAGCAUGGAGUAAACCCUCUCAGAGCUGGAGGAGCAGCAUGGAGUAAACCCUCUCAGAGCUGGAGGAGCAGCAUGGAGUAAACCCUCUCAGAGCUGGAGGAGCAGCAUGGAGUAAACCCUCAGAGCUGAAGGAGCAGCAUGGAGUAAACCCUCUCAGAGCUGAAGGAGCAGCAUGGAGUAAACCCUCAGAGCUGAAGGAGCAGCAUGGAGUAAACCCUCUCAGAGCUGGAGGAGCAGCAUGGAGUAAACCCUCAGAGCUGAAGGAGCAGCAUGGAGUAAACCCUCUCAGAGCUGAAGGAGCAGCAUGGAGUAAACCCUCUCAGAGCUGGAGGAGCAGCAUGGAGUAAACCCUCUCAGAGCUGGAGGAGCAGCAUGGAGUAAACCCUCUCAGAGCUGGAGGAGCAGCAUGGAGUAAACCCUCUCAGAGCUGGAGGAGCAGCAUGGAGUAAACCCUCUCAGAGCUGGAGGAGCAGCAUGGAGUAAACCCUCUCAGAGCUGGAGGAGCAGCAUGGAGUAAACCCUCUCAGAGCUGGAGGAGCAGUAUGGAGUAAACCCUCUCAGAGCUGGAGGAGCAGCAUGGAGUAAACCCUCUCAGAGCUGAAGGGGCAGCAUGGAGUAAACCCUCUCAGAGCUGAAGGAGCAGCAUGGAGUAAACCCUCCUAUGCAAAUGGUAGGACGUGACCUCACCACGCUGCCAAGGGCAACCACAACGGCAGCAACAACACCAGCUUGUUGGUGCCAUCUACUCAAGGGAUGUCUCUCUCCCUUCCCGUCUUCUCUCUGUAUCUCUCUCUCUGCUCUGUAUGGGAAAGUUCUAAUGACUCACUGAAUACCAGACUGAUAGAGGUGCUAGUACUACCCACUGGACUACACUAAACCCCCUCCAAGGAAGAAGGAAACAACUACUCAUUACUGGAGUUGUUCUAUAAUCAUGCAUUGUUGGAUUUCACUUUUUGUCUUUCUUUGUGUUGUUUCAAAGUGUCUUUUAAAGACUAAACAAGGUGAGGUACAUUCAUUUAAAUAUAGAAAAUGAAUUUUUACUAAGCCAUAAGUUUCCAAUGUUUUUGUUGUUGUUGUUGUGGCAACUUUUUCUACUACAAUAAGAAUGUAUGUUUACGGAGGAAAAACAACAAAGUAUCACUGUGUGAACUGCUUGACAUUUCAGCUUAGCAAGCUUUAUGGGACCAAUGGAGAGAGUCAGAAUCUUAUGUAAAAAGUCAGAUUUAUAAAUAAUUACUAUUAUAAAGUAGGGUCAAUGUUCUAUAAAAAGGAAUACAAGUCAAUGUAGCAGCAGAUUUAAUAAGUAAUGUUUUGUGUUUUGUAUUUGUAAGAUAUCCUAUUGCCACACGCCUAAACCUGCAAGCUGCCUAUUUAUACCAAUUUGGAUUGUGUUCGUUUUGGUAUGUUUCACAGUCUUGAUGUCAUUCGAGUUUCUUGCUCUAUUUCAGCAUGUUUUUGAAAUACAGUACCGCAACCAUUACAAUAGAAAGACAAUGGAGCCCCAAAAGAAAUCUGAUUGUAGUGUACCUCUCCUGACCUACGUGCAGGUUUACCUGUGUGGCCAUCAGGCUGUUUUGGACUUUUUUCUUUUUAUUGUAUUCUUCUUUUCAAUGCCUUUUGAACAGUCUGCUGUUUGGAUGCAUUGUAUUUAUCCAUCUGUGUUACUACAAAACGUCUGACUCUGUUCUGAAACCAGACGAGGCCAGAGACACUCUGUUCUGAAACCAGACGAGGCCAGAGACACUCUGUUCUGAAACCAGACGAGGCCAGAGACACUCUGUUCUGAAACCAGACGAGGCCAGAGACACUCUGUUCUGUUCUGAAACCAGACGAGGCCAGAGACACUCUGUUCUGUUCUGAAACCAGACGAGGUCAGAGACACUCUGUUCUGAAACCAGACGAGGUCAGAGACACUCUGUUCUGAAACCAGACGAGGCCAGAGACACUCUGUUCUGAUACCAGACGAGGUCAGAGACACUCUGUUCUGAAACCAGACGAGGCCAGAGACACUCUGUUCUGUUCUGAAACCAGACGAGGCCAGAGACACUCUGUUCUGUUCUGAAACCAGACGAGGCCAGAGACACUCUGUUCUGUUCUGAAACCAGACGAGGCCAGAGACACUCUGUUCUGUUCUGAAACCAGACGAGGCCAGAGACACUCUGUUCUGAAACCAGACGAGGUCAGAGACACUCUGUUCUGAAACCAGACGAGGUCAUAACAUUACAACAUAUCACAUGCCUCUUAUUAAAUAUGUACCAUGAUG